AUGGCAGAAGUGGCUUUUAACGGGGUUCGUUCUAACAAGAAUAACGGACUUGGAACGAAGAGACCAGCAAAAAAAGACCCACCAACGGCAACUCUGUUCAAAACGGCACCGUUAGCCGAUGGACCAGGAGCGUCAGAUGGCGAUUUGGAGAUAAUGGAAGGAGGAAUAGUAGAUGCUGUAGAUGGAGAAGCUGAUGCUGGAGGAGGAGAGCUGAUGGUGGUGGGAGAUGGUGGGGAUGCAACAGGAGUAGUGGUGGUGCUCUUGGGUGCAGGUGCAGAGACUGGAGGGCUAGAAGUUGGAGGAGAAGAAGUAGUAGCAGGUGGUGUAGCCACCGGACUUGGUGGUGGUGCAGAUGUUGGGGUGGUGGCACUCUUGGGUGCAGGUGCAGAGACUAGAGGGCUAGAAGUUGGAGGAGAAGAACUUGUAGCAGGUGGUGUAGCAACCGGAGUUGGUGGUGGUGCAGAGGUUGGGGUGGUGGCUUGUGGUGGAGAUUUUGUGGGAGAAGAAGUUGGAGAGGAGGUUGGAGAUUGUGCCAUGGUUGAGGCGAAGAACAAUGACAUUAGCAUCAAGACUACAACCUUUGAGCCGGCCAUUGUUAAAGAGAAGAGUUAG